ACCGGAAAUUAGCUCAGCUGAGGAACCAGAAAUUAACCCAAGCAAGGAAUUAAAUAUCAGCUCAGCUCAAGAAACAGAAAGCAGCCCAACUGAAAAAACAAAAAGCUACCAAGAUGAAGGAGAGGAAUUUAAAACAAAGAAAGACCCAGUCAACAUAGUGGAAGACUCCGAUAUCAGCUCAGCUGAAGAGCCAGAAAUUAACCAAGCUCAGGAACAAGAAAGUACAAGCUUUGCAGGAGCAGAAAAUAACCAAUUUGAAGAAUGUGAAACAACCUCUUUUGUAAAAACAAUUCUUGAAAAGAGAGAAGAAAGUAAUAUAGAUGUCGAAAAUGAUAUGUCAAAAAAUAAAAGUAAUUCUUCUAUUGAAAAUCAACUGGAGAAGACCAUAGCGGUGGAAAUGAUAACGGAUAAUCUAGUCCCUAAUGACGAAACAGAAAGCAAUAACAAUGAAAAGGACACAGAAUCAGAUGAAGGUUACAGCAAUGAACUUAGUAAUGGUCUUAUACAGAAAACAAGGGAAAACACUGUAGCAGAGAUGAAAACUGAAAUGACCAAAGAAGAAACCCUAGUAAACAAUCAGGUCAAUCACUUAGAGAAAGAGAAUGAUCUGCAACUGGCAGAUGAUGCAAAUGAAGUGAUAGAAGAAUUAAGAAGAAUUAUUGAAGAAGAAAAGAAAGUAAUGGAUGAUAAUGACUCAUCAAGGCUAGGGAAGAAAUCAGUCUUGCAGAUGAAUUAGCAAGAGCAGAGAAAGAAGAAGACAGGAGGCUCAGUGAAUUGGAAAAUGAAACUAAAAGUGAAGAAGACAGUGCUCAAAAGAGUGAGACUGAAACACUCUAUGAGGAAACCAGAAAAAAGAGCAAUGUGGGAAAUCAGCUGAAGUCGGUUGAAGAUGAAAUCCGGUUAUUGAAAAGGAGACCAAAGUAAUAGAAAGAGAGACAAAUCUUGUUGAGGAAACUAUGUUAAUUAAAGAUGGGAAUAAAAUAGUUGAAGAGGCAGGGCUAAUGAGUCGUAGUGAGGAGGAGAUACAAGUAAUGGAAGAAGCUAGAGCUGUACCUAAAAAGGAGGAAAUAAAAUCAGGAAAAGAUACUGUAUUGGAAUUAGUGAAACCAGAAAUUAUAAAAGAAAAAGUUGUACUCAAACUGGGAAUUAAAGAUAUCAAUAGGACUGUUUGCUGAAAGGGGAAGGAACAACUGUGGUGGAUGAUUAUGUGAGACUGAUGGUGGAAGAUGUCAGAGUGAUGGAAGAAGAAAUGAGAGAGAUGGAGGAGAAGAUGGAGUUGAUAGAAAGUGCAAUCGAGGCAGAAGAAAAGAGUAGUAAAGUGAAGGAGUCCGAGAAUCAAAUGGAAGAUUUGAAACAUUACACAGAAAAUAGGACAACAGAUUCAGUGACUCAGGGAGACCGUGAAGAGAUGGAUGAAGCAGCGAGACUCCUGCAAGAGAUAGACAGUCUCAUCAAAGUGGUAGAAAGUGAAGUUCAUGUACCAGACAAAAUACCUGAGGAUAUGUCUAAAGCAGGAAGAACAUUGGAAGAAAUAAAAAAAACAGGAUGUAAUGACGACAUAGAAGAAUUAAAACUAACUGACUUUACAAAUAAUAAGGAUACACAAAAUGAAAUAGCUGAAACUGAUGACGAAGUGCAAGACAUGUCUUAUGAAAUUCUGGAAAUAGAAGAUGCACUUGAAAGCAUGGAUGAUAGAGUUGUGGGUAAUGAAAGAAGCAAGACAAAACCUUCUGAAGACAAAACAGCAGCAGGUACAAGCGACAAGAAGGUUGAUGAGGCAUUGAUGAACACUCAUAUGGAAAAGGCUCAAACCACUCUAUUUACUGAGGAUGUAAAUGAAGUGAAACAUAUGGCAUAUGAACAAGGUAUAAAGAUGGACAGUGAAAUUGUUGAAGGGGAAACAAAUGGAGGACAAGAAACAACUGAAGACCACUCAAUGGAAGAUGAUGAAGAAUGGCAAGAUGCUGUGGAAAGUCUGAAAUAUUCUGAACUUGAAAAGACACCAAGUCUAGGAGUGGAUAUGGUGGCUGAGAUGAUGGAAGAUCUAGUGAAGAAAGACUGGGGAACUUAUCGAACUGAAAAUAAUGAUACUAAUAUGGUAGAGAGUCAUGCCAAACAGGAUGUAGAUGAGAAUGAAGACAGGCUGGAAGAUGAAGACGAGAUAGAAGAGAACAUAGUGUACACUUAUGUAACUGAUGAAACAGUACAAAAUACAGAAUCUGACAUCUCUCUGGAGUCUGAAUACCAAGAGAUUAAGGAAUUUGAAGAGAAAGAAGAAACUGAGCUUAAAACAGAAGUAACUGUUCCACUGGCUGUCCAAGCUGCAGAUAAUAAAUUUAGUGAGGAACCAACUGAAAUGGUUACAAACAGUAUGAAGAAGGAAGAUCUUGAAGGUAUUGAUGGAAAUGCAGAAAAUGAAGAUGAAUCGAGUGAUCAUGCAGUAGAAGAACAAACUGAGGAAGGAUAUUUGAACAUGGCUGAAGCUACACAGGAGGAACUCACCAUGGAUGCUAAAUUAGAAGACACUGGCGAAGAACUGAAUGAGUCCGACAAUUCUGACGCUGAGGAAGAUAUUAGAUAUGAAUUAACGCCCGCCAGAAGUGAUGAUCUCAUAGUCGAGAGAGAGAAGGAAAGGUUUAAGAACAUGAUCUGGAGCGUCAUCAUGGAAGAGCCAGAACAUGAGGUAAUGGAAGAGGACGGAAACGAAAAGGCUGAAAAACAAGAUGAGACUGAAGACAGAACGACCAUCUUAGCGAAUGAAUUGUUUGAGAGACUCAUUCAAGAAAAGGAGGUUGACUUUUUGAGGAAUGUCAGAGCGGCAGCUGUGAGCAUAGACAGUGAUGAAGAAAAGAAGGGCAAGUUAGCCAAGGAAGAGAAGGAUUAUAUGGCUGAUGUUGACCUGAAUGAUGAACAGAGUAGUGCGCAAGAGACUAGUGAAGACUGGACAACACCAGAAGAAGCAGAAAUGGAACACCUCAUGAAAGACAUGGAAAAUAAAACCCACGGCUAUGAAAAUGAAACGAGGAAAGAUGAAACCACCAGUGGUGAAAGUUUUGAUGUCUCAUCUCAUAAGGGAGCUGAACUAGCCAAAUCAAAGUCAAUCAGUAUGAAAGAAGCCAUUGCCAAAGCUAAGGAAGAAGAUGCAAAGAAAAAACAAGAAAGCCUUGUUAAGUCUUUGGAGGCAAUGGUCAAAAUGAAACAGGAGAAGAAAGAAAUGACGGAAAAGGAGGUGAAAAGCGUCUUGGAUUCUGUGUUGCGCUUCUUAAGAUACCUAUUCUGUUGCUGGAGCAUAGAAGAUCCAGCACAAUGAAGGGCUGAGAAAGACAUGUUAAAAUU